CAACAAACCUUUCAAGCCAGUUCAUACUGACUUUAUUCUUUUUGUUGCUAAUACUAAAAACAAAAAUACUCAAAAAAUGCUACAAAGCAUUGCUACUUCAACUGAUAACAUUCCUUCUUCACCUACUCCGGUCACUCAUCAACAUUCUUGUCAAAAAUGCCAACAACCAAUCUCUUGCAAAGUCACAAAUAAUCAACAUAAACUUAGUAAUGAUGCAACCUUUCAAAAUAAUAAUGCUUAUCAUUAUACUUGUUUAACACCUAAAGUCACUGAAACUUCAACAACAACUGAUGUCUAUGCAACAUCUUCAACCUCUCCAAUAGAUUAUGCUUCUACUAGAAAAAAUUUCUUAGCAACAUUCUAA